UGACGGAGGCCCGGAGGCAGCGGAGGGAGAGCUGGCGGAGGGAAAUGCAGCGGUGGCGGUGGUUCACCUUCUGAAACAUUCAGGAAGCACACGGAGCUCCGGUCCACCUGCGACGUCUGCUGCGUCCUCCGCGGAGACGGUGGAACUGUGGCGCUGAUCGUACCGGAGCUGUCGUGGAGACUCUGAGACUAACUUUGGGCCGGUUCGUGUGCGGCACAUUGUUCAACGGACUCCCGGCAGACACUGAAUCAAGAUGCAGUUCCCCAGAAGCUCUCCAGACACCCCCAGCGAGGAGCCGAGGCACAGGAAGUAGGAGACUCUAGGAAACAGCAGGUCCUUAUGGUUGAGGUGGUGUUAGGUGCUCCUUGCCAUGCCUCCUGCCAUGACAGACCUCCUGGACAUAUGGGCGGCCCACUCGCCCCUGGCCGGACACGCUCCGGACCAGAUCACUGUGGACUUCUUGCUGCCCACCGGUAUCUACAUCCAGAUGGACGUUCCACGCGAGGCGACAAUUCAACACAUCAAACUGCUCUUAUGGAAGCAAGCUCAGACCUUCCCGCUGUUUCCUGCCCUCGGCGAAAUGGAGAGUCACAUGUUCGAGUGUGUCAACCAGGCAGCGGUGCACGAAGAACUGGAGGACGAAACCCGUCGCCUGUGCGACGUUCGCCCUUUCCUGCCUGUCCUGAAGCUCGUGACGCGCAACUGUGGCCGAGCCGAGCGCCUGCUGGACUCCAAAAUCGGCGUGCUCAUCGGCAAGGGUCUUCAUGAGCUCGACGCCAUCAACGACCAGGAGGUGAAGGACUUUCGCAGCAAAAUGUUUCGUCUCAGCGAGGAGAGGAUGCAACGAGUGCAGCUGAUGACGUGCACAGAGUGGCUGCAGGCCUGCUUCUCCCCGCAGCUGGAGCCGGCGGCUGGAACGGCCAUCACGGACGGAGUCAACGACCGGCCAGCGGACCUGAAAGUCAUUAUCCACUUUGACCAGUCCCAGGAUUCUGCCAGUCUAAAAGUGCCAUCCUCUAGCACUCCUACUGAGCUGAUGGAAAUGGCUUUGAGGAAGUGGCUGACCACCCACAGGCCUGAGGAGGAGGCAUGGAAGGGUCAGUAUAUGCUGAGGGUCAGCCACUGCCUGGACUUCCUGUGUGGAAACCAUCCCCUGAUUCAGUACAAGUACAUCCGCACAUGCCUGCAAGCCAAGGAUCCUCCCCGUCUCACCCUGGUCCACACGAGCACCGUGAAGGCCAUGUUUGAGAAGGAAAUCUGUGCCAUCGGGGCUGUGGUUAGCCGCAAGUCCUCCAACCCGCCUUUACCACUACCUCCCAAGAGAAGGGUUCCGACGCAAGUACAGACGUGUGUGUGGGACGUGUCGAGCCCAUUUAAGAUAGUCCUUGUGAAAGGCAGCAAGGUGAAUGCAGAGGAGACUGCCAAGGUCCAGGUGAGGGCGGGGCUUUUCCAUGGCACUGAGCUGCUGUGCAAGCCGGCGGUGAGCAGCGAGAGCAGCGGGCGCUCGGACCACACGUGGAAAGACAGCACGCUGGAGUUCGACAUCUCCGUCUGUGAUCUGCCACGCAUGACCCGCCUCUGCAUUGCCAUCUACGCCGUCAUGGACAAGGUGAAGAAGCAGAAGUCCACCAAAAACGCUCACAUAAACAAGUACCAGACCAUCCGCAAGGCAGGGAAAGUGCACUACCCCAUAGCCUGGGUCAACACCAUGGUGUUUGACUACAAGGGGCAGCUGAAGACCGGAGACAUCAUCCUGCACUGCUGGUCUUCGUUUCCUGAUGAACUUGAAGAGAUGCUGAACCCCAUUGGAACCAUUCAGACCAACCCGUACACUGAGAACGCUACAGAACUGCACAUCCACUUCCCAGAAUACUCGUCGCACGCCAUCGUAUUCCCUCCUUUUGACAAGAUACUGGAAAAAGCUGCAGAGAUCGCCAAAGCCAGUGACUGUGCACCCAUCGGCCGCGGCGGUAAGAAGUUCCACAUCGAGCUGAAGGAGAUCAUGGAGCGCGACCCGCUCUCUCAGCUGUGUGAGAACGAGAAGGAUUUGAUCUGGACACUACGCUACGACUGUCGGGAGAACUUCCCUCAGUCGCUGCCCAAGCUGCUGCUCUCCGUCAAGUGGAGCAAACACGAGGACAUGGCCCAGCUCCAAGCGUUGCUUCAAAUUUGGCCUAAGCUGAGUCCCAGAGAUGCUCUGGAGCUGCUGGACUUCAACUACCCCGACCAGUACGUCAGAGAGUACGCUGUCUGCUGCCUGCGUGAUAUGAGCGAUGAGGAACUGUCGCAGUACCUGCUACAGUUGGUGCAGGUGUUGCGUUACGAGCCCUACUACGACUGCGCCCUGACCCACUUCCUGCUUGAGCGCGCUCAAGGGAACCGCAAAAUCGGACACUUCCUCUUCUGGCAUCUACGGUCAGAGAUCCACAUGCCUGCGGUUUCAGUCCAGUUUGCCCUCAUCCUGGAGGCCUAUUGUCGAGGCAGCAUCCCUCAUAUUGAGGUUCUGAAGAAACAGGUGGAAGCCCUGAGUAAGCUAAAGUCAGUCAAUGAGCUAAUUAAGCUGGGAACCAUUAAGAACGCUCGGAGUAAAACCAAGGAGGCCAUGUUGACCAAGGAGGCCAUGAUGACGUGUCUACGGCAGAGCGGCUACUCGGAGACGCUGUCGGACCUGCACUCCCCUCUGAAUCCUAACGUCCUGUUGUCUGGCAUCAACGUGGAGAAGUGUCGGUACAUGGACUCUAAGAUGAAGCCACUCUGGAUAGUUUACAACAACAAGCUGCUGGGCGGAGACACCCUGGGAAUCAUCUUCAAGAACGGAGACGACCUAAGGCAGGACAUGCUGACCCUCCAGAUUUUGAGGCUGAUGGAUCUCCUGUGGAAGGAGGCCAAUCUGGACCUCAGGAUUGUGCCUUAUGGUUGCCUAGCAACAGGCGACCGGGCAGGGCUGAUCGAAGUGGUCUCGUCAGCAGACACGAUCGCGAACAUCCAGCUGACCAGCAGCAACGUCGCAGCAGCAGCAGCGUUCAACAAGGACGCGCUGCUCAACUGGCUCAAAGAGAGAAACUCGGGCGAUGCUCUUGAUCGGGCCAUCGAGGAGUUCACUCUGUCAUGUGCAGGCUACUGUGUAGCCACUUACGUCCUGGGCAUCGGAGACCGCCACAGCGACAACAUCAUGGUCCGCAGCACGGGGCAGCUCUUUCACAUAGACUUUGGACACAUCCUGGGCAACUUCAAGUCCAAGUUUGGCAUCAAGAGGGAGCGUGUGCCGUUCAUCCUCACACACGACUUCAUCCACGUCAUACAGCAGGGCAAGACCGGAUACACAGAGAAGUUUGGCAGUUUCCGUCAGUACUGUGAGGAGGCCUACCUGAUCCUGAGGAAGAACGGCAACCUCUUCAUCACGCUGUUUGCUCUCAUGCUGACGGCCGGACUGCCAGAGCUCACCUCAGUCAAAGACAUCCAGUACCUAAAGGAUUCUCUGGCUCUGGGUAAAACGGACGAGGAGGCGCUGAAGCAGUUUCGCCAGAAGUUCGAUGAAGCCCUCAGAGAGAGCUGGACGACCAAAGUCAACUGGAUGGCCCACAAUGUGGCCAAAGACAACCGCUCCUAGAGCAGCUGCCAGCCCUCUGGGACGGGGGGCCGAGAGGACACGGUGAGGGAAUAUGUGAGCGUGGGGGAGGGGAGAUGUGCCACCCUGAGGUAAAGAAGGGAAUCUAACAAAACAUCCGGACCAGGAGCGGAUUCUCCUCCCAUGUGCUGUACAUACAGAGCGACGCUGCUCUCUGCACCCGUACUUACUGCACCCCUCCUCGCCUCGCCUCACUCUGGCACGGUGCCUCCUGAACAUCCAAAUUCACGGUCUUGUGACAUUUCUGUGGGCGACGUCAUUGCAAGUUUUGCACAGGCACAAACAGCUGAAGGAGAGCCAAAGGAAGGGAAGUGAAGAGCCCACUCUGUCCACACUAAAGACGAACUGUCCACACGGAGCGGGCUGAUCCACUGGAGUCACGUCUCGCGGACUUGAACGGACUCUGACGGGACGCGUAUUCUGACGACACCCCCGGACUGUUUUCAGUAGAGCGGAGUCAAGCGGCGAACUGGAAGAGACAGAAACCCCCAUGUCUUAAAGCGAUGUGCACCUCAGGACGUGCAUCUUAACACUCGCUGACUCAGUGUGCCUCCAAACUGCAGGAAGAUUGUACCGUUUGAGGUUUCUUUUUCUUUUUGCCAUUUAAGAAUUUAUCACGAGACCACGACGACGACGACGACGUGCCAGACUACUUCACUAGUCCACAAAGAAAAGGCGUGAGGGACAUAAUAAAGGACGCCGUGAGCCUUUUGGUCCACGGUUUGAAUCUCAGUUCAUUGGGGCCCUUGAACACUGGAAUGUUUUUAGAGAGACGUCUCUGCGAAACUUUAAGUAGUCUUUUAAUAAACUAAACACUUUAUUUUAGUUUAUUUUAUUUGUAAACGGCAAUGUGCAGUGUUUUUUUUUUUUUUCUCUUUAACACAUUCAAAUCAAAAGCAUUAUUGGACAAAGUGUUGUGCAUUAUCACUACCACUCGUCAUCCUUUCGCCGUGAACCGUGACGACAGCUCACUGAGAUUACUGAUGCGUUUAACACGUUAGGACCAAAACACAAAGCAAGUGUGAUUUUCUCGUCUAUACGGUGUUUUUAAUGAUCUGUCUCCAAAUUGAAUGUGCAACCAUGUGGCGCUCUCUUUUACGUGUAUUUGUUUUUAUACGAGCAGGUGCGGGCGGAGUCACCAACGCUACAUCCUUGUUUCCACACACGGUCCUCGGCCAGCAUCUGCGUCUGUUUGAUUUUCGUGCAAUAUCCGAGUAUAUGAACCAUAUCUUAUCAAACCUUGGGCCCUGGCCUCAGCCUGUGGUGGUUUCGUCUGCUGGUUUACGUGUGAUGCAGCUGUACUUCGCACCACUAGCCUUCAGAAGUCUCAGACACUGGAUAUUGUCAAAUGUACAGGCUUUUAUUGUUUCGCUGGUUUUUGUUUUCAUAGGAGUUUUAUUAAAGUUAUUUUCCACUGCGCUGCA